ACUUACCCCCCACCUCCCACCUCCCACUCCCCUACCUUAGUAAACUUGGCAGUUGUCAGUAAUUUUUGAGCUACUAAUUAUUAUCUGGGGGCCUGGAGUGCACACCGAUCCUGAUGUCUCAAACGCGUUGGCCAUAACGACACUCGAUUAUCCAGCAUGUGUAAACACGUUCUGAAUGCACAAGUUGCGAUUCGUUCGCCUUGCUGCCGUAAAUGGUUCGACUGCGCCGAAUGUCACCACGAAACACAAGACCAUGGUCUACUCCAAAGCUUCGAGAUGACAUUUGUGUGUAAAAAGUGCAAGAAAGCUUUCCGCAAGGACGCACGCGAGUUCGAAGACAGCGACGAAUACUGUCCUCAUUGCGAUAAUCACUUUGUCAUCGAUGCCCUCACCCCGAAACCGUCUCUUCAAGUCGAAGGCGAAGAUAUUCGGAAAGAUUCUAGAAUGAUCAAAGACGAACGAGUUCGACAAGAAGAACAUCGAACUAUAUUUGACGUGAAAGACGCUGCAAAUCGCCUAGGUUGAACACGUCACAGAGUAAUGAAUGGGGUUCUUCCA